ACAACAAAUGAACAACACCAUUGCUUAUGCACAUUAAUCAACAUCACUGCAAUCACGGCAAGCAUAUUGCGAAGUAGGUCAUGUACAAUGCAGGCAAUUAACACAAAACAAUGUUAAGCAGACAACCAGCACAGGCACUUAAAACAUGACAACAUACAUCACAUCACAUUACAUUACAGAAGACACAGGCUGUGUAAAAGCAGAAGGGACGCAAUCUGACAAACAAACAAAAAGCCAAGCAAAUGCAGGCAAGGUAAGCAUGCAGUGAGCAGGUGUGAUGGCAGGUCUGUCUGCUUUUAUAUCAGGACAUCCAGCUACAGCGCAUCUGUUCACCACAGAGUCCAUCAGUGCAUGCAUUAGUUACUGUACACUGUACAGUGGCUGCAUGUCUGUGUCGUCGCCUCUCCAGCAGGGGGCGAUGAGAGCCGCACCGGACACGCAGAGGACCGGAGAGGAAGAACGGGUACCGACAGAAGCUGAUCAGAUUCCUCAGCACACACAGGUGGUGGUCGGUAGUAUCUGACCGGAGAACCGUAAGCAGAACAAACCAUGAAGAACGAAGGUAUAGAGGGGACGGAGAGGUUCCUGAGCCCGGGCAGUGGCAGAGGCUUGCGGGCGGUGAGGCACUUCGCGGUGGGGGAGCUGGUGUUCGCCUGCCCUGCCUACUCCUACGUGUUGACAGUGAAUGAGAGGGGAGCGCACUGUGAGCACUGCUUCACCAGGAGAGAAGACCUUUUUAAAUGUGGCAAAUGUAAGCAGGCCUACUACUGCAAUGUUGACUGUCAGAGAGGUGAUUGGCCAAUGCAUAAGCUGGAGUGUGUAGCUAUGUGUGCCUAUGGGGAAAACUGGUGUCCAUCAGAGACCGUCAGACUGGUGGCUAGACUCAUCGUGAAACAGAGAGUCACAACAGAGCGCACCCCUUCAGAAAGGCUGCUACUGCUCAAAGAGUUUGAAUCUCAUUUAGAUAAGAUGGACAGUGAGAAGGAGGAGAUGAACCAAGCAGACAUAGCAGCACUGCACCACUUCUACUCCAGACACAUCAGUGACCUCCCCGACGAACAGGCCCUCACUGAGCUCUUUGCACAGGUUAACUGUAAUGGUUUUACCAUAGAGGAUGAGGAGCUCUCCCAUCUGGGAUCAGCUAUUUUUCCUGAUGUAGCACUGAUGAAUCACAGCUGUAGUCCUAAUGUCAUAGUGACCUAUAAAGGCACAGUGGCUGAGGUCAGAGCUGUUCAAGAGAUAAACCCUGGAGACGAGAUCUUUAACAGUUACAUAGACCUGCUCUAUCCAACAGAGGACAGGAAAGAGAGGUUGUUAGAUUCCUACUUCUUCACAUGCCAGUGUACUGAGUGCACCUCCAAGUCCAAGGAUAAAGAAAAAAUGGAGAUCAGGAAGCUGAGUUCUCCACCAGAGCCAGAGGAAGUCCGAUCCAUGGUCCGUUACGCCAAGAAUGUCAUCGAGGAGUUCAGGAGAGCCAAACACUACAAGACCCCCAGUGAGCUGCUGGAGAUGUGUGAGCUUAGCCAGGAGAAGAUGGGAGCCAUAUUUGCAGACACCAACGUCUACAUGCUGCACAUGAUGUAUCAGGCCAUGGGUGUCUGUCUCUACAUGCAGGACUGGGAAGGAGCUAUGAGCUACGGAGAGAAGAUCAUUCAGCCAUAUAGUGUUCACUACCCAGCAUACUCUCUAAAUGUGGCAUCUAUGUAUCUGAAACUGGGACGUCUGUAUUUGGGGCUGGAGAAGAAGACACAAGGAGUCAAAGCUCUGAAGAAGGCAGCUGCCAUCAUGGAGGUGGCUCAUGGGAAAGAUCACCAUUAUGUAGCGGAAGUCAAACGAGAAAUUGAGGAGCAGAAGUAAACAAGGUGCAGCAGGAGGAGCAAAAUGAUUAAAGCAACAACAACAAAAAUACACAUCACAACUGCAUGCCAUGCAUCUUAUUCCUCUCCGUUUUCCGUCGCCCAUUCUUUUGUUUUUCAUGCCUCUUUAGGCAGGGUUUCUUUUUCUUCAUGUCUACCGUCAACAUAUUCUGGCUGAGGAUGACCGAGUUUUGCAUCUGCGGCUGCCCACUGCCUGUCAGACCUGGAGUUAAAAGCAGACAAAUUGGGGUUAAAAUGUUUGGAAUGAAAGAAGUGUUAGAAAUACUCACUGUUCUAACCUUGAACUUCAUUUGAAUGUGUUGUUUUCUGUAUGCUGAAACUCAUUAAACCCAUUCAACAGGAUCACAUCAGUGGAAAAAAGAAAAACUUUAACACAGCCUCUCAGAAGAAACAAAGCUUUCAUGUGACAGCUACGUAAGAUCCAUUUUCUGGCGUGACAUUUUGCCCAGUUUUUCUUUCCUUGUGAGUCUGAAAUCAUUCAUUGUGUUCUGUAGACCUAUCAAACAGACAUUUAUGUCUUUGGCACAGUUUUAGCUGCACAGCUGUGCUCCAGAGCAGUUCAUGAUUUGGACUUCUGUACAAACUGGUGAGUAGUUGUUAUGAAGGGCAUUACUACUUAUUCACAGCCAAGGCAUUUUAAUUCUAUCAAAUAUUCAGCACCAGAGUUUCUGGCUUCAUUGUUUCUUGUUUAAACUGUGAAAAAAUUAUGACUGACCAUGCGUCAGGUACUCUGUAGCAACGGAGAAGAGAAUGCAAAGAACUAUUCCUGAAUGAAUAACCAGAGUUUUGAUUGGCUUGUCUUACAGUAUGUUUUGCUUGUAAAGAACCAGAAAAGGUGUUGCACGUGUUAUUGUUUAUGUUGUGUGUUUUUUGUUUUUUUCAUAUGAGGCUUGUUGACCAAAAGGGCCACAGGUUUAACUGACAAGGAACCAGCUAUAAUUCUCUAUUCACAGUGUAUCCUUAAACAGGGGUGCUGAUCUGAGGCCAGUUUGCCUCUUAAGUCAGAGUGAAGACAUUGGUACUAUGAUCCUGGAUCAGAGCCCCUUUGCUCUCAGGAAAAAAGGCGCAACACUGUAGCUUUUGUUGCCUUUUGUCAAGAGAUACAUUAUUGUACCUUUUUUUUUUAGUGUUUUCUUAGAAGCAUCAUGAAUCCAGAUUGUCAUUACCCUGGGAAGGAAAUCACCUUAGCAGCAGUGGACAGAAUAUUAAAAUACAGUAUAACUUUGUAGGAUAUACCUUUUUACAUACAAGUGAUAACGAGGGCGGUUAUCAUCCUCAACAUACACUUUUAAUUUUAUAAUCAACAAGAAUGAAUCAAAUGUUUUUCAUCCCCCUUGCUGACAACGAGGUUGGUCAUAAAUGCUGGAAGUGUUGCCUGUGUUUGAUGGUUUUAAAUGACCCUGAAAUCGUGUAGGAGGAGGAGCAGUUACAGGUCGUACAACUAGUUUUUUCUCUGCUGCAGAUUGUGUGAUGGAGGCUUUAAAAAGUUGAAAGUUAAGGCAAUGCAAAGAUCAUCACCUGGUUCUUGUUGCAGUCAGAUUUUGUACAUUUUUUUGUGACAAAGUGAAAGCAAAACCUGUAUGCACAUUUUGUUUAAUUUUAUCAGUUUCUGUCAGUGGACCGUUUUGCUGCGUGCAGUCUUCACACCAUGCACCACUAGAGGAACUGAAGAUCUAAUUCCUUCCUUCUUUUUAAUGCCUGUAGCUUCUCCCUCUCGUUUACCGUGAAUCCAGUUUUAUGCACCACAUGAAUGUGGGUUACUGAGGGGUAGAAAUAGCCCAUUGUUAUGAGUUGCCUGUGAUCGUAUUUGUAGCAACUCCUGCAUAGGUGACUCUUUUUGUCACCUGUAAAACUGCAUCGAGAAGGUGCCUGCCUUACAGCUUUGCAUAGGUAAUACAAAAGCACCAAUGAGCAGCUCUGUUCCACAUGUUUAUUUUUUGUGUAUGUUUUUACAAAGGAAAGACAGAAAAAAGGUUUGUAGACUGGUUUGCACAAACCAAAAAAACAUCUAAACCCUCUGUUUGCCAGAUUUGAACACUAUGAUUUGUUUUCUUUUUUCUGUGAUGUCAUGAAAGAUAAAACCUGUGGCACAACGGUUAAAAGAGUAAAUCCAUACUCAUGCUGCACAUGUAAAACCAGAUGAAAGGCCACCUAGAUGAUGUUUUCUACAGUUUCUGUAAUGAACUGUUACUUUAUCAGGCAUGAAUGUUAUUCUGUUGGAAUGCAUAACUAAAACCUGAGCCUCUGAUUCUUUCUGUAUCAUGUCAGUGGAACUCAAUAAAUGACAGUAUGACACUUGCUUUGUUAUAUA